AUGCGCGAUCAGCAUAAAACGCACUACGUGGCGCCGCACGCAAGCGUUGUGGCGCUCGCGACCGCCAUUCUCGGCGGCGAUUUGAACCGCGUCCAAGCAAUUGCCGAGCAGACCCGAUUUCUCAUCAACACGGGGGACCGCUGGAAGAAGCACGUGCGGCCACUGAUGCUGGCGACGCGUUCGCCCCAUCCGAUCGAGAUGCUCGAGCUGCUUGUCGCACACGGAGCGCUGCUGCAUCCGACCGACCGCGCGGGCCAUGACGUGCUGCUCUAUGCCUGCGCGCACGGCGCCGCCCCCGCCACGAUUGACUAUCUCGUGCAGCUGGACAGCGGCGGGCUUUGGCGCUGGGACGCACGCACGCUUCGAGGCGACGGGCACUUGACACUCGCUUGCCGCAGCGGCAGCUUGGUCUUGGUACAGCACCUCGACGGUAUGAUCCCAGCGUGCAGCCAGAACCAUGGCACGGACAUCGUCUUGGCCGGGCUCGACUCGAAGAACGAGGGGUUUGUAUUGAGCUUGCUUGCGUGGUGGGCCUCGACCCCGCGCCGGCCCUUGGACGAGGUGGCCGUGCGCACGGCACUUGCACUCAAGAUGCUGCGCGUCGCCGCGUACCUCGUCACGCUGGACCCGCUCGGUGCCGGCCAGAUCGUCUUUGCGUUUUGCCAUCGGCGCAUGGAACCGACGCUCGCGCCGUGUUGUGCCACGUACGAGUGCCAUGUGACGUGGCAGCACACCCGCCUCGUCUUUGCUCUCGCGCUGCCCACGACCCUUUGCCACGUGAUUGCACGCUACGUGUACCAGUUUCAGCCCGCCGAGCAUAUUGCCCGACGUCGGCGCACUCGGUUGUACGGUCCGUGGAUCGACGGUGCGUCGUGGUAG